UUGCAUAGCGUGUGGUUUGCUAUAGGUUAUUUCUCUGGGAUUGAAGUAUAUAAUUCACACGUAUCCCGAGGCAUGGAGAUACUUUACGGCUUUCUUUUCCUAAUAACUGCCCCAAUAGGCCUUUUUGGGGUAUAUGCAACGAAUUCGCAACGUACGAAUCUUGUUAGACGUUUUUCGCAAUUAUACUGGUUAGCCAUAUCCAUACUAUUGAGUCUGCACAUUGUAGAUUUGAUCCUUGCAUAUGUCUGGAGAAAUGAUAUAAUAAGAACUUGCAAUAGCGAUUUGGUGGUCUUGAUACCAGCAAAUACAAGUACUGUCACCGUUCCUUAUGAUCCUAACGCACCAACACCUCAACAAGUCGAUACAGCUUGUAACACAUCAGUUCGUUUAUCUUUGACUUGGUCCCUUGUAGAGAUAAUAUUCAUACGCAUUACAUUAUUAAUCUAUUUCGCAAGGAUAGUAAAAGAGUAUAGCAAAAAUUUAACGAGGGGUAAUAGCAAUACAAGUAUGGAAGAAAAGAAAUCAAAUUUCAGUGCUGCUGAUGAGAAAAACCCAAAUCCGCAAUUUGACGAAAUAGAAUCGGGAAAAAUUCCUGCAGACCCAAAUCUUAUAGUUUCUGAUGUUAAAAAUCCGCAAUUUGACGAAAUCGAAUCUGGAAAAAUUGACAAUUCUUCAGCACAAGUAACCGAAGAUCUAUAG